CUCUCUCUCUCUCUCUCUCUCUCUCUCUCUCUCUCUCUCUCUCUCUCUGUGGUGAGUUAGCUGUCUGUCUGCCUGCCGCUCCUCUCCACUGCAUCCUGACUGACUGAAGAGCUCUGUCAUUGACUCCAUCCCGUUCUUUAUAAGAAGGUGUUAAUGACGAGCGAUACUGGAACCAGCCAGCCAGAACAGACCAGACCUUAACAGACAGGCACAGUCAACCACCGGACUGAAGCCAGCCAGAACAGACCAGACCUUAACAGACAGGCACAGUCAACCACCGGGAGGAAGCCAACCAGAACAGACCAGACCUUAACAGACAGACACAGUCAACCACCGGACUGAAGCCAGCCAGAACAGACCAGACCUUAACAGACAGGCACAGUCAACCACCGGACUGAAGCCAGCCAGAACAGACCAGACCUUAACAGACAGACACAGUCAACCACCGGACUGAAGCCAGCCAGAACAGACCAGACCUUAACAGACAGGCACAGUCAACCACCGGACUGAAGCCAGCCAGAACAGACCAGACCUUAACAGACCGACACAGUCAACCACCGGACUGAAGCCAGCCAGAACAGACCAGACCUUAACAGACAGGCACAGUCAACCACCGGACUGAAGCCAGCCUCGACAACCACAGAGAGCAGAGCAGAGGGGACUGUAAGAAUGUCAGUCUGAAGGAGAGACAGACUGUUGUCCUGUUUUUAUUCUCAAUCUUCAAGACUUCCACCCCCUGGAUGGUGUGCAGGACACAGCUGCUUGUGGAGUAUGGGUACAACUGCCAGCGCAGCGCCACAACCCGUCUCUGUCUCAGGCUCCAUAUCCUCUGUAGCGGCGCCCCAGCAUCCUCCCCCGCUUGAGAGUCUCCAUGGCAACGGGUCGGUGAACAGCAGGCAGUCUCUCAGCAUGAGCUCUUCCCAGACGGUGAAGAUCCACAGCGGCAAGGCCAAGUCUAUCAUCACUAACAAGGUGGCGCCUGUCGUCAUCACAUAUAAUUGCAGACAGGAAUUUCAGAUCCACGAUGACCUCUUCAGAACGAACUACAAAGUGGGCCGGAUAUCAGACUCAAUGCCUGAACACUACUUGGUACAGGGCGAGUUCUUCAUGGUCCAGGACGUGUACAGCAAGGCUGACGUCCUCAACACUACAGGCAGCUGCGGAGCGCCAAACUACCGCCAGGUGAAAGGAAGCUACCCGCUGUACGGCAUGGGCCAGCCCAGCCUGAAUGGCUUCAAACAGGUCCUCCAAAGACUACAGAGUCAAGGACAUGAGGAGGUGAUGUUCUUCUGUGUGCGUGAAGAACCGGUGGUGUUCCUGCACCUGGAGGAGAACUUUGUUCCAUACACCCCGCGGAGGAAGGAGAACCUCCAUGAGAACCUCCAUGGCCUGGACAAGGAGGAGACGGUGGAGACCCUGGAGCUCACCAUCAGGAAGGAGCUCCACGACUUUGCCAAGUUGAACGAUAACGUGUUCUACGUGUAUAACGACAUCGAGUACUUCAAGGGCGAGCCUCAGAGGAUGAGCAUCCCCUGUGAGGAGGACAUCCAGGUCACAGAGGAGGUCUACAGGAGACCUCUGUUCACCAUGCCUCUCUACAGGUACUACCGGCUGCCACUACCGAUGGAGGGAGCACCUCUAGAGGAGGAUUUUGAUGCCUUUGUUACUGUUCUCAGGGAGAGCCCCAACCUGUCUUUGAGAAGGGACGUUUCCAGGCCUCUGCCUGCCCUGUUGUUCAGCUGUCAGGUGGGGGUAGGGAGGACCAAUCUAGCCAUGAUCCUGGGGACCCUGGUCCUCAACCACCUGAAGACAACCCAGGAACCACCACAAGCGGAAGAGGCAGAAGCCAAGCCGCUGUUCCAAGUCAUUCAGACCCUCAUCAACAGACUACCUGAAGGCCAACAGGUCAUGGAAGAGGUUGACCAAGCGAUCGCUCUGUGUUCAGAAAUGCACAACAUAAAAGAAGCGAUGUAUGAAAAUAAGAAGAAGCUUGAAGCGAUCAGAGAUGAUUAUCAAAUUCAGGGAAGCACGACCAAAGACUACUUUCUCCACAGAGCCAUCCAGAGCCUGGAACGUUAUUUCUACCUGAUUGUGUUCAACGCGUACCUUCAUGAACAGUAUUCUCUUGGCUUUGCGUCCAACUUCAGCCAGUGGCUGUGUGCUCACCCCUGGGUGUACCGCCUGCUGGCCUGUAUGGACCUAUCAGAACUCUCCGCUCCGCCUGAUCUCGUCACCAAGGGAGCCCGCGUUCUGGUUGCUCAUGAGUACCUGUCUCCAGACAUACUCAGCACAGUGAAGGAGAUGAAGGUGGCUAACUUCAGAAGAGUCCCCAAGAUGCCUGUCUAUGGCAUGUCACAGCCUACAUCAGAGGCGACGGGUGCGGUGUUGACCCACCUGACGGAUGAGAAGAGGAAGUACAGCCACGUCCUGUGGGUCAACCUGCAGGAGGAGCUGGUUCUGGAGGGGAACGGACAGAUCUUCACCCCCAGAGAACCGUCCUGUAUGGGGCAACACAUCCCUGUCCCCGCUACAGACCCCACGCAGAUAGAGAAACUAGAGACAGCCCUGGGAGAGGAGGUUCAGAGAGCCCAGAAGUGGCUGGAGGUGACUCUGGAGCAGGAGAAACAGAUGAAGAUGUUUAAAAGCUGUCUGACGGUCCAGGAGGUGUUCAAGCAGUACCAGAGAACACACCAGGGACUGUUCUAUAAACGUAUCCCUCUGGCAGACUGCUGCGCCCCCAAGGAGGAGGACUUUGACCAGCUCUUGGAGGCCAUGAAGAGGACCUUGGCAGAGGACUCUCACUCAGCCUUCGUGUUCAACUGCUCCAACGGCAAGGGAAGGACCACCACGGCCAUGGUCAUAGCUGCUCUCACUGUCUGGCACUUCAAUGGCUUUCCUGAGUUUGGGGACGAUGAGAUUGUCAGUGUUCCUGAUGCCAAGUACACGAAGGGAGAAUUCAAGGUGGUGAUGCAGCUAGUCAGACUACUGCCGGACGGCCACCAGAUGAAGAGGGAGGUGGACAUGGCUCUGGACUCAGUUAGCGAGACCAUGACCCCCAUGCAUUACCACCUCAGAGAGAUAAUCAUCUGUACCUACAGACAGUGCAGCCCUCCUAUCCAGCCCUCCUGUCCGGCCUCCAGCGCCUCUCGUGUCCUGACGUGUAGUGCAGCCCUCCUGUCCGGCCUCCAGCUCCUCUCGUAUCCUGACGUGUAG